GGCUAGGCGAUCGGACGAUCCUUUUUUAUUGGUCGCAGCGUCGUAUCUCGGAGGAUGCGUAGGUCCAGCGUUCCUUCCGCUUCGCGUCUCCGUUGACUGGAGACACUCGGAGUGCAGGCCCGCGGGUACGGUGGCCUCUAGUGAGAUUCGAGGACCCGAGGUUCUGCUCUAGCCACGAUGCUGUCGAGACUCUUCCGCAUGCAUGGCCUGUUCGUGGCCUCCCACCCCUGGGAAGUCAUCGUGGGAACAGUCACACUGACUAUCUGCAUGAUGUCCAUGAACAUGUUCACUGGUGACAAUAAGGUCUGCGGCUGGAAUUACGAAUGUCCGAAAUUUGAAGAGGAUGUUUUGAGCAGUGACAUUAUAAUUCUAACAAUAACACGAUGCAUAGCGAUCCUGUAUAUUUACUUCCAGUUCCAGAAUUUACGUCAGCUUGGAUCAAAAUAUAUUUUGGGUAUUGCUGGCCUCUUCACAAUUUUUUCAAGUUUUGUGUUCAGUACAGUUGUCAUUCACUUCUUAGAUAAGGAAUUGACAGGCUUAAAUGAAGCACUGCCCUUUUUCCUGCUCCUGAUUGACCUCUCCAGAGCCAGCGCAUUAGCCAAGUUUGCCCUAAGUUCGAAUUCACAGGAUGAAGUCAGGGAAAACAUUGCCCGUGGAAUGGCCAUUUUAGGUCCUACAUUCACCCUUGAUGCUCUUGUGGAAUGUUUGGUCAUUGGAGUUGGUACGAUGUCAGGGGUCCGUCAGCUUGAAAUCAUGUGUUGCUUUGGCUGUAUGUCGGUUCUUGCUAACUACUUCGUGUUCAUGACCUUUUUCCCAGCUUGUGUGUCCUUGGUAUUGGAGCUUUCCCGGGAGAGCCGUGAGGGGCGUCCAAUUUGGCAGCUCAGCCAUUUUGCCCGAGUUCUGGAGGAAGAAGAAAAUAAACCAAAUCCUGUUACUCAGAGGGUCAAGAUGAUUAUGUCUUUAGGCCUGGUCCUUGUUCAUGCUCAUAGUCGCUGGAUAGCUGAUCCUUCACCUCAAAACAGUACUGCAGAGCACCCUAAGGUUUCUUUAGGACUGGAUGAAAAUGCGCCCAAGAGAAUUGAACCAAGCGUUUCCCUCUGGCAGUUUUAUCUCUCCAAAAUGAUCAGCAUGGAUAUUGAGCAAGUCAUUACCCUAAGUUUAGCUCUCCUUCUGGCUGUCAAAUACAUUUUCUUUGAACAAGCAGAGACAGAAUCUACACUGUCAUUGAAGAACCCUAUCACAUCUCCUGGGGUGGCCCAAAAGAAAGUCCCUGACAGUUGUUGUAGACGUGAACCGGUACUUGUCAGAAAUAAUCAGAAAUUACAGUCAGUGGAAGAAGAAACAGGGAUAAACCAAGAAAGAAAAGUUGAAGUUAUAAAACCCUUAGUGGCUGACACUGACACUUCAAACAGAGCUACAUUUGUUCUUGGUACCUCCUGCUUGCCUGAUCCUCCAUCUGACCUGGUGACACAGGAGCCUGAAAUUCAACUUCCCAGGGAGCCUCGGCCUGCUGAAGAAUGUCUGCAGAUACUUGGGAAUGCAGAAAAAGGUGCAAAGUUCCUCAGUGAUGCUGAGAUCAUCCAGUUGGUCAAUGCAAAGCAUAUCCCAGCGUACAAAUUGGAGACUCUGAUGGAAACCCAUGAACGAGGUGUAUCUAUUCGCCGACAGUUACUUUCCAAAAAACUUGCAGAGCCUUCCUCUCUCCAGUAUUUACCUUAUCGGGAUUAUAAUUACUCCUUGGUGAUGGGAGCUUGUUGUGAGAACGUGAUUGGGUACAUGCCCAUCCCUGUUGGAGUGGCAGGUCCUCUGUCCUUGGAUGGAAAAGAAUUUCAAGUUCCAAUGGCAACGACAGAAGGUUGUCUUGUGGCCAGCACUAACAGAGGCUGCAGAGCAAUCAGUCUUGGUGGAGGAGCCAGCAGCCGAGUCCUUGCGGACGGGAUGACUCGUGGCCCCGUGGUGCGACUUCCCCGUGCUUGUGACUCUGCAGAAGUGAAGGCCUGGCUUGAAACCCCUGAAGGGUUUGCAGUGAUAAAGGAGGCCUUUGAUAGCACCAGCAGAUUUGCACGUCUACAGAAACUUCACACCAGUAUGGCUGGACGCAACCUUUAUAUCCGUUUCCAGUCGAAGACAGGAGAUGCCAUGGGCAUGAAUAUGAUUUCAAAGGGCACUGAGAAAGCACUUUCGAAACUGCAUGAGUAUUUCCCUGAGAUGCAGGUUCUAGCAGUGAGCGGUAACUACUGUACAGACAAGAAACCCGCAGCCAUAAACUGGAUCGAGGGAAGAGGAAAGACGGUUGUUUGUGAAGCUGUCAUUCCAGCCAAGGUUGUCAGAGAGGUAUUAAAGACGACUACAGAAGCAAUGGUUGAUGUGAACAUUAAUAAGAACCUGGUAGGCUCUGCCAUGGCUGGGAGUAUAGGUGGCUACAAUGCUCAUGCAGCCAACAUUGUCACUGCUAUCUACAUUGCUUGUGGACAGGAUGCAGCACAGAAUGUUGGAAGUUCAAACUGUAUUACUUUAAUGGAAGCCAGUGGUCCAACAAAUGAAGAUUUGUACAUCAGUUGCACCAUGCCUUCUUUAGAAAUAGGAACUGUAGGUGGCGGGACCAACCUCUUACCUCAGCAAGCCUGUCUGCAGAUGCUAGGUGUCCAAGGAGCAUGUGUAGACAAUCCUGGGGAAAAUGCCCGGCAGCUUGCCAGAAUAGUGUGUGGUACUGUCAUGGCUGGGGAAUUGUCACUGAUGGCAGCAUUGGCAGCAGGGCAUCUUGUCAAAAGUCACAUGAUUCACAACAGGUCAAAGAUAAAUUUACAAGACCUCCAAGGGACAUGCACCAAGAAAGCAUCUUGAAUAGCCUGGUGGUUUUCAACUACAGACAUGGGCAUUGGGUUCUAAAGGACUAACAUAAAAUCUGAAUUAAAAAAUCUUGAUGCAGUGUCUCAUGGAAGAUGAAUAGAUGUAAUCAGUGACAUGACUGCUUGCGUUUGGCUUUUCAGAGAAGUUGGGCUUUCUAUCCCAACGCCUCUGACCAGAACACUCAACACUUUCCCUGCCAUGGGAAUUCAUAGCCUGGAUGCAGCACAGAGGAUAAUCUGUGGUGCACUUAUGAAAGCAAAUACAAGCUGGGGAAAAGGUGUUGUCUUUCAAUGAAAUGAUGAAGUUCAUGUGAUUAGUGCGAGAUUGUCCAAUGCCUCGCCUCUGAUGGGUUAAAAAUGAAUUUUUAAAAUUAUAUUGUAGCUGACAACUUCUGAUUUUAUAGUUAAUGUAGUCUGAGUUACAGAAACUUUGUAAGAGCCAAGUUUAUUUUUUGUAAACUAAUAAUUCAUUUGGUGCUGGUCUGUUUUGACUUGGGGAUACUAACAUUCUUCAGAGGGGACCUGCUUCUUCAAGAGAAGAGUUUUAUUCUCAAACUCCAAAAUAAUAUGCUAAGCAGUGUUGAAUAGUUCUCUAUUGAGAAGAUAAACCACUGCAUUCUUUGCUGUAGGCUACUUGUUCAGAGAGGCUUAUUGGCCAAAUAUCAAUGUUUGUCUAGAUUGGCAGUAGCUUGAGGUUGAGCAUUAGGUUUUAAGAGUUUCAUGCUCAAAACCUUUCAGGACGAUAGCAGAUCCUUCGUGUUGCUUAUACUUAACAGUGACUGAAGUACAGCAUUAGCAAGUCUGUGACCGCUCUUGGAACUCAAGAAUGUGGAGACACUGUUUUGAAAGGAAAAUAGCAUUUCUCUAAACCAACUUUUAACUUCUUUGAAGACAUUUUAAUUUAUUUAGUUUAAAAAUCUAGAUAGUUUUUUAAAAACUGUAUCAAAUGUGUAUAUAUUAUAACAGUACAGCUUCUUAUGCUAGGGGCUUAUUGAAAGUGUUCAAGAAGUAAAGAAAAUCAGCCUGUAUACUGAUAAAACACUCUAGCUCAGUCCAGAGAAGACAGUGUUCUUUGACAUUGUCCAGGAAACUGUGGCUUGCUCAGCAGGCCUAACGAAGCAGGCUUUUGAGAGCCAGUGACAGAGCCACAUGAAUGGCCCUGGAGUCGUGCCUUGUUCCUGUGGCCAGGAGGUUAGUGACUGAAUCAACACAUGGAGCUCUUUGACAGAUCCACAAAGCUCUUAGCUUCCUCAGGGGGUCAGCAAUUAUUGAAUCCUAAUUUUUUUUAAAUUACGUUUUGUAUAAACAAUAAAGAAGUCCUUGUUUUGUAUUAUUCCAUCUAAUGCUUCAAGUGUUGGUCUUGGGAAGCCGAUGUGUCUUGUAGAAGAUGGACUCUGAGAAACAUUCCAGUUCUGCAGGCAGCCUGGGCACCUGAGCGAUCAUGUUUGCAGUAUUAUUGUGGAACAGUGACCUUUUCUGCUGUAUAUAAAAGUUUAAAUUGCUCCUCUUGUGACUUUUCAGCUAGUGACUUAUUACUUGAGCUUUUCAUGGAAGCGGCAAUGAAAAGUAUGUAGAGCUUUCAUUUUUAGUGGCUGUAACCAAUAUCCUUGCUAAAUUAAUGUUUGUACAAUUACUACAUUGUAUACUUUGUUAUACUUUGUUCCAAUUGCAGUAAAUUAUGAAAAGGAAGUUAAUACUUAAAAA